UCCCUGAGGCGGGGGGGCCGCCAUUUUGCCGGGAGGGGGACGCGCCUGCCCAUUCCCGGCGGCCGAGGGUGAAGCGCCUGAGCCUCCGGCUAGAUCCCGGGAGGGGCCGGGCUCCUGUCCCUUCUCUCUGCUCUGCUCUGCUCCGCUUCCGGGAGCAGGGAGCGCGGCGGCAGGCGGGCCAAGUUACUCUGCCGACUCCUUCCAGCCCAGCUGGCAGGUUCAAAACCCAGCGUGCACACGUAGAAGCAAGCUGCAGGUACCACUGAAGGUCUGGUGAGUUACAGAAGGCUCAGAAACAUGGAAAGCCUGUGUGCAGCAAACACCACUUUUGCACUGGAGCUGUUAAGAAAGCUGUGUGAGAAGAAAAGUGGACAGAAUGUGUUCUUUUCACCAUUUAGUAUUUCUUCUGCUUUGUCUAUGGUUUUGCUGGGUUCCAGAGGUAGCACUGAAGCCCAAAUACAAAAGGUGCUUUCUCUGAACAAUGCCCAGGAUGCUCACAAUGGCUAUCAAUCCCUUCUGUCUGAAAUUAAUGAUCCAAACACCAAAUACAUCCUGAGAACUGCAAACCGACUCUAUGGAGAAAAGACAUUCGAAUUUCUUGCAUCAUUUGUAGAGUCAAGUCAGAAAUCCUACCAUGCUGGCCUAGAACAGAUGGACUUCCUGCAUGCUUGGGAGGAUGCCAGGAAACAAAUCAAUGGCUGGGUAGAGGAAAGGACUGAAGGUAAAAUUCAGAACCUGUUGGCAGAGGGGAUUCUGAAUUCUCUGACCAGACUUGUGUUGGUGAAUGCCAUCUAUUUCAAAGGCAACUGGGAAGAGCAGUUCAACAAAGAGAGCACCAGAGAAAGGCCAUUCCAAAUUAAUAAGAAUGAAACCAGACCUGUGCAGAUGAUGUUCAAGGAGGCACAUUUUAACAUGACCUACAUUGGAGACUUCCAGACCAAAAUCCUUGAGCUGCCCUAUGUGGGUAAUGAACUGAGCAUGAUCAUCCUGCUCCCUGAUGCAAUCCAGGAUGGAUCCACAGGCUUGGAAAGACUGGAAAGAGAACUCACAUAUGACAAGCUAAUAGAUUGGAUCAAUCCUGAAAUGAUGGACUCUACAAAUGUGAGGGUGUCUUUACCAAGAUUUAAAUUGGAAGAAAGUUAUGAUCUGAAGCCCCUUCUGAGCAGCAUGGGAAUGCCUGAUGCAUUUGACUUAGGGAAGGCAGACUUCUCAGGAAUCUCAUCUGGCAACGAGCUGGUGCUCUCUGAAGUGGUUCACAAGUCCUUUGUUGAAGUCAAUGAAGAGGGCACUGAAGCAGCUGCUGCCACAGCUGCAGUGAUGAUGAUGCGCUGUGCACUGAGAGUUCCGGAUUUCACUGCUGAUCAUCCUUUCCUCUUCUUCAUCCGGCACAACAAAACUCGCAGCAUUUUGUUCUGCGGCAGAUUUUGCUGUCCCUAAGGAGCAGAUACCUUGGCAGCAUAGGUGCCAUCACACAAUAAAUUUACAUUUCCCUAGAACUAGGUGACUUCUUUUGCACUAAUUUUCUCUUUCAGCUGUGCCUGAACCCUCUUGUGUAGUCUUGAUCUUGGACUUGGCAGGAAUAACAGAGCUGCUUAGGCACACAGAGCACCUGCCAUGUCCAAGCCCUCCUGAACCUGGGUGCCGAGGUCUCCAGGUUCUGGCUGACACAGGAACCAUCCCACUUGCUCUGUGAGUGCUGCUUCUGUGCUUGACUUCAGUUCUGGUGUCCAGCAGGCAUGGUCAGGCAGUGAGAGCCCGUGGGAGAGGAGAAGUUACUUUUGCUUGUGACAGGGCUGGGACACAUUUGUAGGUUCCCUCCCCUUUUAUCUUGCAGUCUCAUCCAUUUAGUGCCUGGAUACAUUGCCUGAAGCUGAAAGGAGUUUAUGGCAGCCUGUUCCAGGUAUUGCUGAGCAUCCUUUGUGCAUUUGUAUCUUCCACUAGUAACUGGAAAAUCGCUUAGGGAAAAAUCUGAAUCAAAGUAUGCUUUUGUACCAGAUGUCCCUGUGAGGUAUUUCUGGGGCAAGUGCCUUUGUUUCAUCUUCCCAGGACUCCUGGGUUUAUUCCCUGUCACCUGGUUCUGAUCCUUUAACAGAGAAUGUAACAGAAGUGCAUGCAUGGUACCUAUGCAAUAUUUCAAAGACAAAGCCUUGAUUUUUUUUUUUGUUUUGUAACUGUUAUAUGUUUACCCUAUUAAUAUUUUCUUAGACACCAUAGUUCACCUGUAAAUUACCAAAGACUCAGCUGCAACAGCUUUUCUUACAUUGGGAUGUGUUUAAUGGGUCCCGUUCCUGGAAUAAUAAAAGAAGUGCAAUGGCUGCAUG